CAAGAACAACAACAACUACCACUACUCUUGCACACUAAACAUCAACUUGAACUUGCUACUCUAGCACUCAAGCCCGCUCAUCCACUCUCGACCAACCAACUUACACGGGACGCCGCUUCUUCCGCCGUCCUCUCAACAACAAACUAUCAAGCUUCACAGCUUCAACAAACCCUCACAUCCACAAUGCCUGCUCAGCGACCUUCUCACCUUCCUCCCUGCCCGGGCCCCCCACCCAGCCGACCUCUUCCUCCUCUGCCCAAAUGAGAGCCGCGCCGCUCUGAGGAAUAAUCUUCCGAGUAUCAUAUCAUACUCCCAACUUUGAGACAAUGGCUACACCUCUUCCUUGGCUGAGCCUUUCUUGGCCAUGGUUCUAUCCGGAUCUUCUACACAAGGUUUUUCCAAAUUACUUUUCUGCUUUGACCGCCACUGGUCGCCGGCACAUCGCGAGCAAAUCUGCUAUGCUAUGCGAAGCGGAUCUGAGCUGCACGUCACUACUUCUGCUGCUACUCCGUAAUACAAAGCCGUUCCAACCACUGCGGGGCUGGACAUGACACAAUCUAUAUGCAACCUGCUCUCCCGAGCUGGACAUGCAUAUUCGGGGUCAUCUGCUCGCGGCUGAGAUGCGGCAGCUCCCCCCACCAAACCGAGCCCGGCCUUUUUGGCGUGUCGACAUCGAAUCAUCAACCCUGCUCUCAUCGGCUUUUCAAUGACAACCUGAGCGUUUCUCUCAACAACAACCACCGUCAUAGCCGCCAGCAUUCGAACGAGGCCCCACCAAAUCUCUCAACGCCUGGCCACAUGACAGGCUGCGUUAAUCUCUCUCCACAUCGUCCUCGCUGGCUCGAGCACAUCCUUUGUUUCGAUCAUCGACUUCGCUUGUGCGGUGUAUCUCAUACACGCACUUUUUUUUUUUCUAAUACUAUGUAAUACUUACUUCUACUUUUUCUUUUUUUCUUUUUUUCUUUUCUUUUUCUUGCAAUCUCACUUUGGCGUCAUGCAUUAUAUCAACCUCUAUGAAAGGUGGCGGAGGGGACAUCUACUGGCAUUGGGAAUUGGAAGGGAAUCAUGUACUACUACUACCACUACUACGGAGCAUUCGUGGGUGCGUCGCGGAAUACCCUGGGAAUGUUGACGACUGGUUUUUUGCUUUUUUGGAUUGGGUCGGGAUACGAUGGGCAGAGAUAACGAUUGAAAUGUGGGAUUGACACUACCAUCUUGCCCCGUCUGGCAGUCAUAGACACUACAAUGAAACUUGGCAUUUUCUGCUACUA